ACUUCGCUGGCUGCUCGUAGGUUCCCGGCUCGCCGCCAUCUUGUAUCGGGGCUUCAUUGUUCGCGCCGGGCCGGACAGUGUGGUGUAAUUGCCGCCGAAGGAGGAGGCGGAGUAACCUCUGGUCAGCCGAGAAACCCGGCUAUUCCGCAGCCAUAGCCGCUCAAACGAUUUGGGAGGUAGUGAAGGGCAGGGAGCUGGACCCGGAGGCGCCGCCGCGACAGCAGCAGCCAUGGAGGACGAGAUGCCCAAGACUCUAUAUGUUGGUAACCUUUCCAGAGAUGUGACAGAGGCUCUGAUUCUUCAGCUCUUUAGCCAGAUUGGACCUUGUAAAAACUGCAAAAUGAUUAUGGAUACAGCUGGAAAUGAUCCAUAUUGUUUUGUGGAGUUUCAUGAGCAUCGUCAUGCAGCUGCAGCACUAGCUGCUAUGAAUGGACGGAAGAUAAUGGGUAAGGAAGUCAAAGUGAAUUGGGCAACAACCCCCAGCAGUCAAAAGAAAGAUACAAGCAGUAGUACCGUUGUCAGCACACAGCGUUCACAAGAUCAUUUCCAUGUCUUUGUUGGUGAUCUCAGUCCAGAAAUUACAACUGAAGAUAUAAAAGCUGCUUUUGCACCAUUUGGAAGAAUAUCAGAUGCCCGAGUGGUAAAAGACAUGGCAACAGGAAAGUCUAAAGGAUAUGGCUUUGUCUCCUUUUUCAACAAAUGGGAUGCUGAAAAUGCCAUUCAACAGAUGGGUGGCCAGUGGCUUGGUGGAAGACAAAUCAGAACUAACUGGGCAACCCGAAAGCCUCCAGCUCCAAAGAGUACAUAUGAGUCAAACACCAAACAGCUGUCAUAUGAUGAGGUUGUAAAUCAGUCUAGUCCAAGUAACUGUACUGUAUACUGUGGAGGUGUGACUUCUGGGCUAACAGAACAACUAAUGCGUCAGACUUUUUCGCCAUUUGGACAAAUAAUGGAAAUUAGAGUCUUUCCAGAUAAAGGAUAUUCAUUUGUUCGGUUCAAUUCCCAUGAAAGUGCAGCACAUGCAAUUGUUUCUGUUAAUGGCACUACCAUUGAAGGUCAUGUUGUGAAAUGCUAUUGGGGCAAAGAAUCUCUUGAUAUGAUAAAUCCCGUGCAACAGCAGAAUCAAAUUGGAUAUCCACAACCUUAUGGUCAGUGGGGCCAAUGGUAUGGAAAUGCACAACAAAUUGGCCAGUAUAUGCCUAAUGGUUGGCAAGUACCUGCAUAUGGAAUGUAUGGCCAGGCAUGGAACCAGCAAGGAUUUAAUCAGACUCAGUCUUCUGCACCAUGGAUGGGACCAAAUUACGGAGUACAGCCACCUCAAGGACAGAAUGGCAGCAUGUUACCUAAUCAGCCUUCGGGGUAUCGGGUGGCAGGUUAUGAAACCCAGUGAAAAAGGACUCCAGAAUCUAAAGCCAGUGGCUUGAGGCUACAGGGAGUGUAGUAAAGCCAUUGUUUACUUAAAGAUUUAUCAAAUCAGUCAGUGCAAAUGUCAGAUACAAUGUAUUUAUUUAAAAGAUUCAUUUUUUAAUCAUGAAAUUAUCAUCCACAUUGUUUUAAAAAGAAACAAGAUGCUGGAUGUCUGCCAAUUUUUGCCUUCAUUACCUUUUUUGAUAAAGUUUCUCAGAUCCUUGUUUCAAAUACAAAUGCAGGGAUUGCUGCCACUUUUUAAAAAUUAAGAGGCAGAAAAUUGCACAAUGUUGAACUUUUUUCCACUCACUAAAGUAGUGUGCAGUUCUAGUUUGCAUUCCUGAUAUGAUUUAAAACAUGUAAUAUAAAGAUGUAAAAAAAAAAAGAGAAAGAAAAACCAAAACUGUGCAGAGUCUAGAAGUUCUUUGUAAUCUUCAGCUUAUGCACAAUUCUGUUUUAGGUUUAAAAAGUAGGCAUUGUUUGAGCUCUCCCAUCUACGCUGUUAUCCUUUUGGGGUUUUUAAAUAUAAAUUAUUAGUUUACAUCAUUUUUGUAUACAUUUUUUCACAGAUUUGUCUUGCCUUAUUAAAAUUCUGUAAAAUAUACUUAAAUGGAAAAAAUGAUGUUCACUUAGAUUGAAAACUUUUCUCAGAUGGAUUGAUCAUUGCAUUCAUCUUGUGUUUUAUAUGAGAAGGUGCCUCAAGAAUUCCCUGUUGGAUUUGUUUAAAAGGAUUUUUAUCUUCUGUGAUAAAUUUUGCUGUGUACCAGGAACUUAUGAAAACAAAAACUUGUUACUAAAAAAAAUCUCUGAAAUGUGAUAAGUUCUUAUGCCAUGUUAAUUUCAUGUGUCAACUUCUACAUUUACAUGUAUUAUUUCAUUAUGUAAAAUGUUUUAGUGAUUUAAUAUUUUGCACAGUUAGCAAACUUUGUAUGUCAUUUCCUUCUUAAAGGUAUCAUGCAGAGUUGACAUGAGAUUUAUAAGUUUUUAAGCAUGUGAAAAUCAAAUACACACUUUAGUAGUCUUUGAAUACAAAGUCAUCUGCUCUUAUUUUUCAAGAAUUUUGAGACACAAAGUUGUAUGUAAAGGAAUAUAUUAAUUUGCCGUUUUCUAGUUAGAUUUACUAAAAAAGAGUAAAUCAACUUAAUAUGUACAAAUGAUAGCUGUGAAACUGUAGAAUAUCCUUAUGUCAGGCUUGAGUUUCAUUGUGAACUCCAAAAUUAGCCUGAAGGACCAGCCGGGCAAAGCAUUUUUUAAAUGUUCAGAGGCCAAAAGAUUAACAAAAAAACCUUAAAAUCCUACCUCCUUAAACAGCCUUCAAAGAAGAGAAUCCUCAGUGCAAUCAUUAUUUUGAUUCUUUUGGUACCUGUUUUCCUGGAGUUCCCAAUUUUAUUAUUUGGGGGUGGCUCCAAGCAUUAAGAGGUUUAAUCUUUGAUGGCAUUGUUGUAGUUUUGAAAUUUCUAGUACAUUUCAGAGUCUCUUAGAAAAGUUGUGGGAGGUUUUGUUUUCAGUGAAGGUCACAAACCUCCUUCCUUGACUCACAGAGAGGAAGGGUCCCCAGUAUACAUAUUUGAAUGGUUGUGGUUUUCAAGACCUUUAGAGAGCUCCCAACAUUUUAUUUAGAAACAGAAAAGGCCUGUGAAAUCUUAAGUUUCCUGGUCUCUAUCUUCCAGGUAGGGGCAAAUGACUCUAAGCUGGUCUCUAAGCCAAUACCCUUGUAAACCAGAGCCCAGGAAAGAUAGCUUAUAAGUGUAUAAUUCUCUGGAGCUCAAUUCUAUGCAGUUGUACUGAUGUUUCAUUAAGUCACUGUGUAUUUUUAAGUGUUGACACAUUAAAAUUGCUUUAUGGAAGAUGAGUAAAUUUUUUAAAUACUUGGAAAUUUAAUUUCCUUGUUAACUUCUACAGAUCAGGGCAUGCAACCAAAAGCAGCUUAAAUGAAAUACUAAAAAAAAAAAAAAAAAAUCAGGAAUUUUUUUUAGAUUCUUCUGGCUUAUGUUUCUAUUUUAGGACCCUCAUUGUUUUCCUCUUAUUAAAAAUAUUUUAUUUCCUGUACAUCUCAUGGACUGCAGGGUAAAUUAUUUGGGCAUAAAUAAUUUAAUCUAUACAAAAGUAUAGUUUUUCUUUAAUUUUGACUAACUCAAGUAAUAACAGUUUUUAUUAGCCAGCAUAUUUUCUUACUGCACAAGUCUUAAAAUGUUCAUUGACUACUACUUUUUGAGAAGAAAGUGGUAUCAGUACUCAUGAUGAAAAUGUUACUACUGAACAAAUUCACAUUUCAGGAACAUUGCUAACUCUGGUUUAAAUCUUAGUGUUAAAUCAUUGGAGGAUUUUUCAGUCUAAAAAUCAGACCGGUAUUAGUGUCAGGUAAGGAAAUUAAAGUUUUUUAAAUGGUUUCAUUCUCUGCAAUAUGCAUUUAGAUUUUACUUUCUGGUACUGUAAAGAACCUGAAGUGAUUCACACUUAAUGGGUCAUUAAUUCAGUAUUCUUUACCCUGACUGUUUGGAUAUUAAAGUUCCUUUAUGUUUUCUAUAA